AUGAAGACGCUCAUCGUUCUCGCUCUUUUCUCCGUUUGCAACGCCAACAUCCUGUGGCCGGAGCCUCCCAAGUCCAACCUGGAAGUGGUGAAAGAUGCCUUUUGGGAUUAUGUUGCAAAGGCGACACAAACCGCUGAGGAGUCCCUGAAGCAGAUCAGAGAGUCCCAGCUGGGAGAGGAAGUGAACACCAAGAUCUCUCAGAGCGCCGACACCGUGAAUCAAUACGUCGCUACGCUGCACACUCAGGUGGCUCCUUUGACCCAGAACUUCAUGACUCAGUUCUCCCAGGAGGCCGAGCAGCUGAAGGCUCGCCUGGAGAAAGACCUGGCUGCUAUGGGCACCAACGCAGAGGAGAUGAUGGCGAAGAUCCAGACCAAGGUGGAUGAGCUGAAGAGUGGAGCUGAAGCCUACGCUCAGGCCAUGGACCCAGAGCCCAUGAAGGCCGUCCUGCAGCAGAAGAGCCAGGAGCUGAAGGAGCAGCUGGAGCAGAGCAUGAGCCAGCUGCAGGCCCAGAUGGUUCCCUACACCGAGAAGAUGAAACAGAAGAUGGAGCAGAGCCUGGAGGAGUUUCAGAGGAACAUGAUGCCCCUGACCCAGAGCUUUGAGGCCCAGGUGGCUCAGAAAACCCAGGAGAUCCAGCAGAGGUUGGCUCCCUAUGGAGACGAGCUGAGGGAACGGCUGGACUCCAGCGCUCAGGACCUGCAGACUCAGCUGAACGCCCUGUGGAAAACCUUCACCAAGAUCGCCCAGUAA